AUGGAGGCCUCUCGAGGUUCUGCCGCUCUCGACAAUGCAACCAGAGCGACGCUGUCAGAGAAGCGCUCCGAGAAACACGCAGAGGAGGUGACAACGGCUCCGAUCAUCUACACGGAUUAUCACAGCCGCAAAAACCCCUAUGCCUCGCUACUUUACCUGCCCAUGGAACUACAGUUUCUCAUCGGCUCUCAUCUCGGAUAUGGCGACUUGCAGAACCUACGCUGCACCAACAAAUUCUACCGUCAACUCAUCGACAUCAACUUUGUAAGAACUUGUCUGGGCUCUCUCGCAACCGACUAUUCGCUACGUUUCGUCUGCCGCAGCUGUCUGCGCUACGACGGCACCGGCCGUCGGCUGCUGUGGCCACUCGCAUCGUGUGCUCAGCCUGCGCCAUCCGACGGCGAGGUGUCAGAUGACGGCGCGUCUAUCGAGGCCCCGCCGGCGACUAGCAUGACCUACUGCCCCGAUCCCAGCGUCCCACUUGCCGCGAACUGCGCCGACUGCGCCGUCCGCCAGGGCCAGCUUUGCCCCGGCGAGUACGUCCUCACCGAGGGUGGUGAGCGCAAGGUUCGCGUGUGCCGUUGGUGCGGCUGGCCCUGCACCAAUGAUCCCGCGAAGGAAGAGUACUGGCCACGGUCUGCCCGUGAACUGCAUCCGCGCUGCGCCCAGAUUUACCAGAUGGUCAUGGUAGGCUACUACAUUCUGGUGUGUAUCCGGUCCGGCAUAGCUUUCGUCACGUAUAUCCUCUUGUGGAGGUUAUUUGCGGAUAACCAAGUUGUUGUCGUGCCGAGUGUGUUCACCAUCCUGGGUCUCGGCAUCCCGCCCCUCUAUGUCAUGAUUAGAGAGAUGCAGGCCGAGUAUGAUGCCGGCAAGGUUGCUGCUGAGGUCAUCAUCCGCUUGAUUAAUGUGCUGGGCAACAUUGUCCUCUUCUUGGAGUAUGAUGUGACGAAACAUCACGCGCCCGGCCUUUCACCCUUGCGUCGCCAUCUUAUCAACCCUCUCAUCGCUGGGCUUGUAUUCUGGACGUCGCCUCGCGCAUUGGAGAACUUGUGGAUCGGUCGCGGAAAGCAUCCUCGCCACAAGUCAUUGCGCCGGGGGCUAGGCAGAUUCCUCAAGAACGCGCAGAGCGGUCUGGGCGAGUUCUGGUUGUUCCAGGGCAGAGAGCCGUCCGCUCACCCGGCGACACAGCACUGA